CACGCCACUCCGCUUUUAAUGACGGACAAAAUGGACGCCCUGCAAGUUUGUUGGUGUGCGCGCGUGCGUGGAAGUUCGGCGGCGCCGUUCGCGUGAGUUUAAAACGUUGGUAUAAAUCGUGCAAGAUAAAAAAGGCAUCAGUGUUUGUCCAUACGACGGUCCAAACGUCAAAAUAAAUAAAUAAACAAAAAGCUGGGACGUCUGCAGAUGCCGUUUCCGUGCGGUUUGGAAGACUGGCCGAGCAGCUUGCAAAUGUAGAGAUGGGGAAACAGGAGACGGAUGCCCCCAAGGAGGCCACCAAAACCUGGGGCUUCCGCAGGAGCACCUUAGCCAGACGGGAGUUUAUUGAAGAAAUCGGAAACCUGGACCUCAUCACGCUGACGCCACGCCGGAACAUGCGCCAGCCAAGAGGCAGAGGACGAGGACGGGGCAAACAGCCUGGCGAAACCACGACUAAUGCCACAAAAAGAGCACGAGGGGGUAGGAGAGCUGUCCAGACAAAGCAAGAACCGGAGCCCGAUGGCGCGUCCCAUCGGCUGUGCUUAUCGCAGAAGACCGCAUCGGAUCAAGCCGAGGACAGCGACGAGCUCACGCUUCGAGAGCUUCAAGAGCGAGCUAGGAAGCGACAAAGAUCAGAGGAGAACAGCAAAGGAAUUGAUUUGAACGCUGAGACUGUAAAUAAAGAUGAGGAAGAGUCACGUGGUCUUCUACAGUCAGAAGAAAACGUCUCUUCACUCUUUGAGCGAAUGGCGUCCAGCUCAUUGGUGUUGACCCAAACCCAGAAAUCACCUCUAAGUGUUCAGGAAGAGGAGGAACAGGAGAAACAAAAUGAUGCUGAUGGUGAUGAAGAAUACAGCGACCCCAACGCCAUCUACUGUAUUUGUCGAGAGAAACACAACAAUAGGUUCAUGAUCUGUUGUGAUCGAUGUAGCGAGUGGUAUCAUGGUGACUGUGUAGGCAUCAGCCAGGCCCGUGGUCAUCUCCUGGAGAAGAACGGAGAGGAUUACAUCUGUCCGUCCUGCUCUCCGUGCCAAAGUCCCAUCGACUUCGUGAACCGGCAGCCCGCACUCUCUAAAGAGGCUCUGAGCUCCUCGUCCGAGAGCCUCUUCACCUCCUCGGCCGGAGAAGAACGACCCAGCGAGGACGAGGGCAUUAAAGGGAAGAUCAGAAAGUCGAGCACUCGCAGCACAAAGAGGAGAUUCAAGCUCUUCCCACCGGUGGAGAAAGCCACAUCAGAGCCCAAAGAACAAGGCACGGUGAGGGAGCAGGACGUGGGCGAGGAGCCGGAGAAGGAGCGGGAGGAUGACACGGUGGAGAAAGUGAAGGAGGAGGCUGAGGGUCCUAAGUGUAUCGGUCCAGGCUGUAGUAACGAUGCUUUGCCUGAAUCGGUGUACUGCGGCCAUCAGUGCAUCAUCCGGCAUGCUGCUGUGGCCAUGCACGGUCUCUCAGAGCCCAAAGCGCAGCCUGAGAUAAAAAACAAACCAGCACCUAAACCUACGCUAAAGAUCCACAAUCUCGGAAAACUGUUCAAGAAGAAACCGGCGGAGAAGCCAGCCAAGGUUGAGGAGGGCAGAAGUAAGGAGACAGGAUCUACCCCCGCUGCUUCUCUCACCCCUGACCCUGUUCACAAAGCAUUGGGGGAGCAGCAACCCGCAGCAAUCGCUUCAUCACAGUUUUACAAAGCCACAUCAACAAAACUGGAAAAGGAGACUAUGGAAAGCAAACCAGAUAAAAUGCCGCUCACUACUCGGACCGAGACCCUGACAGCUCCGUCAGAGGCCCCUGCUGCUGAAAAAGCCACAGAUGAACCUGCUCCGUCGGCUCCAGCCCUCAAAAAACCUGCCUCUAAUCCCCUUCCAAGCCGAGCCAAGAAGACCAUGCCAGGUUCUCCUCGUCUAGCUGCAACCCGACAACUCGUGAACGAGGUUCCACAAGCCAACAAGAGCGUCUUUACUGCCCCACAAAAACCAUGCCAGUCUCAAGAGGCUUCUAACGUACCCCAGGCGUCAAACUCAGCCCCAGAGGUUCGAGUCCUGCCCAUCACUCCUGCUCCUGUCCCGCCGUCCAGAUCUCUCCAAACUCAUCCUAACAUGCAGAUGAGACAGAACAUCAGGCGCUCUCUCACUGACAUCUUGCUGAAAAGAGUGAGCGACAGCGAUGAUUUGGACAUCCCUAAGAGUGAAGUUGAAAAGCUGGCUGUAAACAUUGAGAGAGAGAUGUUCAACAUGUUCUACACUACGGACAACAAGUACAAGAUUAAAUACAGAUCUCUCCUCUUAAGCUUAAAAGACCCCAAGAACAAGAGUCUUUUCUACCAGGUUGUAAAAGGACACAUCACGCCAUUUAAACUAACCCGUCUGAGUGACCAGGAGCUUCAGUCUGUUCAGGAAAGUACAGCAAAUCCUCUACCUCGGAAGGAACAACCGUCUCCUGUUUGUGUAGACAUGGAGCAACCUCUGUCGGUGUCUGAAAACAAAGUGGUCAAAGCCGAUAGCGUGGCCACAUCAUUAUCAGAGGGGAAAUUGUCUCUGGCUCAGGUCAGACAGGCCCAAGUAAAGAAACCCAGUACUGCUGUUUCAGACAUCAUCAGCAGCAUGCUGAAAGACACUACAGCAGAACACAAAACUCACCUCUUUGACCUCAAAUGCAGGAUAUGUACCGGUCAGAUUUCUGCUGACCAGGACCCUGACGCUAAGAUACUCAAAAAAGAGGAGCCAAAGAAUGAACAGGAGGAAAAAACCCCAUGUGACGUCCCUUUAACCGAUACAAAUCCUAUAUCUGCUGUGCCUGGAGAUGAUUCCCAGGUUAUGGAGUCUCCUGCUUCUCCAACUGCAGAAGACUGUAACGCUCAGAAACCUCAGUCGGACAUUUCUCCACCUGUAAUCCCUGCGGUUUCCAUAGUGACCAUAACUAGAAGGGAUCCACGGACUGCAGGAUACCGUUCUGCACCUUCUGUCGUUUCCGUUCCUGCUCCCAUUCCUGCUCCUGUUCCUGUUCCAGACCCACCAAAGAAUCUAACCACCAUUCCAAACACCAAGGAGACGGUCGAGGAACCGAAGGCAGACGAGUAUCUGCAGCCACCAGCACCACCACCACCCCCCAUGCUCAAGUCCAUUUUGAUGAAGCCCUCAGCUCCAUCACUCCCAAGGUUUUACACUUCACCAUGUCUAACCACAGGAUUGCCGAGCUCUCAUACUCCAACUGACAAUGAGACAAGUAACUUCUUGUCCAGACAAGAUACGAUAUGGAAAGGGUUUCUCAACAUGCAGUUGGUGGCCAAGUUUGUUACAAAGGGAUGCAUAAUCUCAGGAUCGUCAGAAGUUCUGAAAAAGGAUCUGCCAGAUACUGUUCACAUUGGUGGUCGGAUUUUACCGCAAACAGUUUGGGAAUAUGUUGAGAGAGUAAAAACAUCUCUAACAAAGGAGCUGUCUUUAAUUCGCUUUUAUCCGGCAUCUGAUGAAGAAGAGGUCGCAUACGUCUCUCUGUUCUCGUAUUUCAACAGUCGCAGCCGAUUUGGAGUGGUUUCUAACAUUUGUAACAAUAUUAAAGAUAUUUAUCUCAUUCCUUUACGUGCAAAUGAGCCAAUUCCCUCUAUACUGCUGCCAAUAGAUGGCCCAGGUCUUGAACAGAAUCACCCCAAUCUUCUAAUUGGCCUGGCAGUUUGUCAGAAACUAAAGCGUCCUGGAGCACAGAUGCAAGACUCUGAUGAGAAACGACCAAGAAUCCAGACACCACAGGAAGUGAUGAACCUUUCCACCAAUUCUGCAGUUCCUGAUGUUAAACAUGAUGAGCCUUAUGACCCAGAUAUCGCAAUCAGCACUACACCACCUGAAUCUCCACCAUCUUUGAGAUCACACGAUUCAUCUUCUUCCUCCUUAAAUCCUCCAUCAGGAACAUCAGUGCUUUCUAAUAUUCCUGCUAUGGAAACUCCCUCAGUGUCCACCAGCACAGAUGUUUUGAAGAUCAUGUCUUCCAGUGUCCCAUCACUUUAUGGCACCUCUUCCACCAGCAGUACACCGCUCCAAACCAUUCUUAACACAAUAUUCGGUAAAAAGAAACAAGGCCCUGAUUUUGCAGUGAAUAGCAGUGAGACAACUCAUACAGCAUUAAAAGAACCAUCUCCGAAACCUUCUCCAGCUGUAGACCCCAUCGUUCAACAGUACCAUCAGACUCCCAAGACUACAGUGGAAUUGGAUGAUAAUGAUAGACCCUAUGACCCUGAGGAAGAGUAUGACCCAGCAUUAGGAUAUCAAAAGCUGGCUCCCUUGAAACCACUUGAAAUGUCAAAACCUAAAACAUUACCUCCUGGUGCGAAUGAUGGUGAUGGCGAUGAUGAUAGACCCUAUGAUCCAGAAGAGGAAUAUAAUUUGGGCAAAAAAGUGGAUUCUGUCCAUGCAAGUAAUACUAAAAAAUAUUCAGCAACUGAACCAUUAUUAGGAACCUCUGCAAUGAAGGAGGAUGUAGCAUAUGAUCCAGAGGAUGACACUGUUUUUGAAGAGAUGCAGAAUUACCUUACAGAUAAUAAAUCUGCAAACUCUGAAUAUGGGAUGUCAUCAACCAUGUCGUUAUCCGAGCAGCAGAAAAUGUUGGAGGACUUGAACCGGCAGAUAGAGGAACAGAAACGCCAGCUUGAGGAGCAGGAGGAGGCUUUGCGUAUUCAGAGAGCAGCCGUUGGGAUUUCUAUGGCCCAUUUUUCUGUCUCUGACGCUCUCAUGUCACCACCACCACGUUUUGGUAGGGAACCAGAUGAGGAUAUGGAAAAAACACUAACUGCUUCAGCAGUCAAUCUGAAUAGAGAUCCAAGGCAAUAUAGGCACUUGAGGCAGGAUGCUGUUAGUCCAUCAGUGAAGGGUCUUACUGAAAUUGUAAAUGAAAAAAGAGAAAGUUCUCCAAGCAAGUGUCUGGCAAACAAUUCUCUAGAACAAGAUUUGUCAAAAAAUGAUCAAGAUAUGUCAUUAGAUAAGUUAAAUGACAAAAGGUCCAACAAUGGUGAUACAACAGUGUUUCAUUCUGUGCGGAAUUCACAGAAAAGUACACAUGUCGGUGCAUCUAAACAGCAAGAAAGAACCUCUUCGUCAGCUGAGAACAUUCAAUGCUCCAGUUCACCAUCAAAAGAUUCAGGCAAAACAAGACAAAGUUGUUCAUCCAGGAGAAAAUAUCACAUUUCUCCCCAAAGAAGAUCCAGAGAUCGUGAGACACGUAGGUCAUACCUUGAGAAAAGAAGGUCUGAUCAGUCAAAAGAUGAUGGACACCGCAGAAGAAGUAGACAUUCUCCUCAACAGUCCUCCAGACGAAGCGGCAGUAAUAGGCGCACGAAGGAAAGAACAUCACGAGAGAGAGAUCGGCACCAUCACAGAAGUACAUCGUCAAGACAUAGUACAAGGGACAGGCAGCAUUCGUCUUCAAGAUCACGUUCAACUCGGAGUAGAACAUCACCAGAACAAGGAAAUAAUCAGGCUAAUCAAAAAGAGAAAUCAGCAUCAAGGCAGAGGAAUGAGCUCAACACUGAAUCAACAGACAAUACAAACAAAGCAGCAUCUGAGCAGCCUCAGGUUCAGAGCGAUGCAUCUCAAAAUGUGGCUUCUGGAAGUGGAGAGCCAAAAAUAAGCAAAACACAGAAAGCUGAUAUUACAAAACCUGACACUGAUCAGUCCUCCCAUACAGAGCAGCCAUCUUCUGAUCUACCUUGUGGUACUCAAGUGCAAUUAGAACCAAAGCAAAACGAUUGUACGUCCAAGGCAAAUCCAUUGCACAGAGAAGAGUUUCAUGAAAACAAGCCGCAGUCUGAGAAACUGUCAUCAAAGCAAGGUAGGAACAACAGAUCCCAUAAUACCAGACAUCAGCGUUGUAGUCCGAGAGGAAAUGUAUUACAUAAUAGUGAGACUGAUUUUAAGCAUGGUAUAGAUGAACAGUCAUCACGGAAGGAGUCUGAUCAUCUCCCUCAGAAGAAACCUAAAAUAGAGAGAGAAGAUUUCUCAGAGACUGAUGUGGUUUAUACCAGGAGUUCUCGAAAGGUUUGGCCACAAAGGCCACCACAUUUACGAGGAAAUGAUCCAGAAAUGAGUCCACUCCAAAAUCCGAAAAGUAGUUUCUCAGUGGAUGACACGUUACGUCCUGGAGACUCAAUCGAACGUGUUGAUUUGCCGCAGCUGGAAAGUCAUAUGCAAAGAAAUAUCCCUCCAAGAGAUGAGUUUAGACCAAGAGCACCCGAGGUUCAGUGGAGAGGCCCACAGCAUAGGAUGGGUGGUCCGAGAGGCCCACUCCAGGCAAGGAUUCCCAGAGCUCCACAUCCUGAGCGAUUUGAAGGCUGUAGACCUGCAGGUCCAAGAGGUCCAAGACCAAGAAUAUUUGAUGAUUGUGGGUCAUCUCCAGACUAUGGACCAAGGGGUCCAGCCUCUGAACCUAGAAUGUUUGAGGACUCUGGGCUCCGAAGAUUUAGACCAAGGGGGCCGAGCCCAGUUCCUCGGAUAUUUGAGGGAACUUCACCUCACUCUUCUGGACCUAAGCGACGAAUCCUAAGACCUGGAAUGUUUGAGGGUCCUGGAUCACAAAGUUUUGGUCCUAGAGAUGAAUGCUCAGAUCCUGAUAUGCAUGAUGGUUCGUUUAACUUUGCAGAGUCAACGCAAAGAGAGUUUGACCAAAGAGACCCUCAUUUAGAAGAGUUUGAUGAUUCAUGGGCACGUGAUGUACCUCACCAAGUUGAUAGAGAACCAUUUUUAGAAAUCAGACAUCCUAGAGCACGUGGCCCACCUCAACAGUUUCGUGAAAAUGUGUUUGAAUGUAGAGAUUCAGAGCAAGUAAAUUUUAAUGACUCAAGACACUGUAAUCGUUCAUUCGAUGAGGCAGAAAUAGGGCACCUACCACGUCAGUAUUCAGACAAUUCAAGGGAUUAUGGUCAGAAUUUUGCUGAUGAAAGUUUUCCAAAUCCACAAGAACCAAGAGGUCAUCGAAAUCUGACUCCUCAUCCUAUGCGAACCCAGAGUCCAGCACAUGCUCCUCAAAGAGCUCACCAGUUUGAUGACUUUAGAGAUCAAGCAAUAGAACUGGAAACAGAGGAGCCACAUUUUGCAAAGCCUGAUAUUUUUGUAGAUGGUAUAGGUCGUGAAAGAGCUGCUCAACUAAAAGGUCAGCACUUUAACCGACCUCUAAAUGUCAGGGGUCCAAGAGCACCAUCCCCUCAUUUUCGUGACCAGAGGAUGCCUCCUCUCCGGAACACCGAAUUGCCCAAGGAUAAAUCAUAUUCUUCCCAUUUUUCAUUGCCGUCCACCUUCAAACCUCCAAGGUCAAAGGUGCCUAAUGCAAGUGAGUUUCAAAACCCAAUGCAAUCACGGAUCCGGCUUGAUAACCCAACUGAGGAGCCAGAUAUUCGCCCUUUGCGGCUGUCUGGCCCUUUGCUUCCAACACCCCCUGGUGGCCCGAUAAGAUUUUACAAGCCCUAGAGUGCAGAGGCCUUAUCUUCAACAGUUAACCUAGUGUUAUCCUGCUAGAGGACCCACGGGUGACCUUGGUAAAGGAAAUGUAAAGUCAGGAAACUUUGAUAAUGAUUUAAACAAUCAAGAAAAAGUAACCUGUCAGGGUUUCUUUCAAGAAGGAGAAAUGAAAGAGUUUGUAGCCAAGGAGGAAGAAUACGGUCAUCAGUGCAAAAGGCAGGAAGGAGGAAUAUCGCUGCAUGAAGUCGUCACAGGAGGGAUGAGCAGAGGCAAGGAAAUGAUCAGAGAUACACAUCAAAACAGGCUUUGAGAAGGACAGUUCUAGUCCAGAAGUAAUACAAGUCAUGCACUGAUUGGUCACAGAACUGAGAUUCGUCUCAGAUAGCCAAAGGAAAAAAAGGAAUGACUGAGAACAAGGCCAAAAAAACAAAGGCCAAAGAACAUAAACUGACUGAAAGUUCAUAUGAAAAUACACAGAUUUUGUUUUUGUGGUUAAAAUCACGUUAAUAGUUUCUUUAAUUGACUUUUAAAUCAUUAGUCAUGAGAAAUUUCUGUAUUCUGUUGUCAACUUUUUUCCAUGUCAGACUAAAAAUAAUGGUGUUCUAACAGUCUGCAAGGUUCAGCAAUGAAGUUAUCAUCUUUCUUUGUAGGAACGUUACUGAAUCUUUUCUCAGAUUCUCAUCUUCUUUUUAUCGAAUAAUUAUUUAAAUUAUAUCAGACACAGAGUUGCCAGUUUAUUCUGUAUUAUAUCUGUUUACCAAAUAAACUCAAAACAGUGUAUAUAUGUAUAGAUGGAGUUGGCCGUUUUUCUAGGUGUACAGAUUUAGUAACAAAUAAAUUGUGAAUUCUGUGUACGUGUUGGAAUUGAAUGAUUUUCUAAACAGUUGUAAAUACUGGUAAAUACUACUAUUUAGGUUCAUGUUUUAUAAAGUUUCUUACAGAAGCAGUGCAAGGCAUAGCGAUAGUCUGUUAAUAAUCUCAACCUAAAGGAUCAUAAGGAUCAUUAAAG